AUGAAGCUCACCAUGAUCUCACGCGUGGCAGCGUUUGGCCUCUUCGUCGCUGUGGAAGCAGUCAAGCAUGGCCAUCUUCACAAUUUGCGCCAUCACCAUUCUGCCACCGAAACCGAAAUCGACACACCCCUGGAGAAGAGAGGAGGUUCCUGUGAAUUCCCCUCGGAUGCAGGAUUGGUUUCUAUCACUCCAAAGAUGAUGAACGGCGGCUGGGCUAUGAGCCCCGAUCAGCCCUGUAAGCCGGGAAGCUACUGUCCCUAUGCUUGUCCCCCGGGCCAGGUGUCGAUGCAGUGGGAUCCAAAGGCGACGUCGUACAGCUACCCGAUGUCGAUGAACGGCGGUCUAUACUGCGACAAAGACGGCAAAAUCAAGAAACCAUUCCCGGAUCGCCCAUACUGCAAGGACGGCACGGGUGCGGUGGGUGUGCGCAACAAGUGCAAAGGAGGCGAUGUCUCGUUCUGUCAGACCGUUCUGCCUGGAAACGAGGCCAUGUUGAUCCCGACCCUGGUGCAGGAAAUGGCGACUCUCGCCGUGCCGGAUCCCAGCUACUGGGUUGAGACUGCUGCCCAUUUCUAUAUCAACCCGCCAGGCUAUGGCACCGAGGACGCCUGUGUUUGGGGCACGUCGUCCAACCCGAUUGGCAACUGGUCGCCAUAUGUAGCGGGUGCGAAUACAGACAGUGAUGGCAGCACAUUUCUUAAGAUUGGGUGGAACCCGAUUUAUCUGGAGCCGGCAACGCCGUUCCGCAACGAGGUGCCUGAGUUUGGUGUUGAAAUCGAGUGCGAAGGCGACGGCUGCAAUGGACUGCCCUGCAAGAUCGAUCCCUCCGUCAAUAAAGUCAACGAGAUGAUCGGUAGUAAGGGGGAUGGGGCCGGAGGUGCCUCCUUCUGUGUGGUGACAGUGCCGAAGGGCGGGAAGGCUCACAUUGUCGUGUUUGAUAAAGGUGGUAGCGGCGGCGGUGGUGGAGGUGGAUAUCCUUCCUCUUCCUCAUCUACUGUGUCGGUUUCCACCAGUUCAAGCACCAUCCUGAGCAGCAGCACUACUUCCACGACUAUCAACAGUAGCACAACCGACUCUAGCAGCACAUUCGUUCCAUCGACUGCCACAUCUACCCCAUCCACUACACUCACGACAUCUACCAUCAGCACACCACCUCCAUCACCCACCUCGUCUAUGGUUAUCUCGACAUCCACGCCAGAACCCACUCUGAUGCCCUUGCCCAGCCGAACUCCAAGCUCGAGCGCAGUAUCAAACCGCUGGCCCGUGAAACAAGCAGGCUAUGUUCAGUCAUCUCAAGUGAUAGUUGAGACGAAAGUCUCUGCAUACGCGGGCUCGAAGGAAGAACCUACGGCGACAUCGGUCCCGAUGAACUCCAACGGCGGCUCUGGUCUGGAGAUGUCGCAGUUGGGAUUGAUCAUUGCGGUGAUUGCGGCGAUAUGGACAGCAGCAAAUAAGAGAAUCACAAUUGAAAUGCCCCCCUCACCACAAACAACCAAACUAACUUCCACCCUCCACCUCCUCACCCCGCGUCUACGCCUCUUGCAGAAGAAAUCCACCGCCAGCUCUGUGGUACAACGUCGCGAACUCGCCCACCUGCUGUCCGAGGGCCGCGAAGCGAGCGCCCGCAUCCGUGUCGAAAAUGUCAUCGCUACCGAUAUUUUGGUGGAAGUGCUGGAGAUGGUCGAGCUGUAUUGCGAGCUACUCCUGGCGCGAGCCAACGUCGUAGAUCAGGCCGCGUUCGGCGAGAAGGGAGUCCAGGCUAGGAAUCGUGCACGAGAGGUAGCAGUCUCCGAGAUGAAAAAACAUCAAAGUCAAUCUUCCCCCCACCGUGCAUCUGGACAGAGUAGCCAAGGACAAGGUCGGGGAUCGGGGUUUUCAUUUUGGCCGUUUGGAAUGAGUAAAUCACCCUCUUCUCCAUCUACCACUACUGGUGUUACGAAACCUACGGAAGGGAAACGAGAAGGAGAUGAUUACGAUGAGAUAAGAGGAGGGGACGAAAUAGAGAGCAAUUAUAUCGACUCCGCGUUAGACGAAGCUGCCGCGGCGAUAUUCUACUCCUGGCCUCGAUUCCCGUACGACGUGCGCGAACUCACCAUCCUGCGCGGAUUACUUGCCGAUCGAUGGGGGAAGGAUUUCAUGGCUUUAGCGGCGGAUAACAAGUUUCCCGCCAGCGAGGGAGUUAAGGUCCCCGAACGAUUGGUGAAGGGAUUACGAGCGAAACCACCAAGUACUGAGCUGGUGGAUAGCUAUCUGAGGGAGAUUGCACGGGCGUAUGGGGUUUCAUGGGGACAGGAGGCCGAGGGGGAUCUGGGACAGGCGCCGGAGGAAUUCAAUGAUGGUGAUCAAGAAGAUGGAAAUCAAGGACAGCAUGAUGGAGGGGAUAAUACAGGGGAUUUACCAUCUACAGCUGAAAAAAUGCAGAGACGGAUAUCCGACGCAGCGGAGUUGAACCGGGUGACGCCGCCGAGGGGUCUACAGACGGGGAAAAGCCCCGUGAGUGUGGCGCCACCGGGACCAAGAUCAGAUAAUCCCAAUCCACGCGUGAAGGUACCGGAUGGAAACGGAAAUGGCCAGGAGACGGGGAAGACGUCGGAGAUGAGUCCCGCGCAUACCAAGUCCAAGAAGAGUGAUGCGAUUCCCGAGUUGGAUGAGUUAACUCGACGAUUUGCGGCGCUGAGAAAGUAA